AUGGCAUUCGAAGAGAAGGACCAAAUUCGACAAUUGGUUUGGCCACGAUUGCGAGAGGUUGCCAUCCCCGACUCGCGCUUUCACUAUGACUUCUCCAGCUUUAUAGCAGAUUUCCACGGCUCUCAGGCGGCAACCGAAAGACUGGUUUUACUGCGCUGUUAUAACGAUGCCCAAGUUGUCUUCAUCACCCCGGACAACUGUUUGGAACAACUUCGCUUGCGAGCUCUGGAAGAUGGCAAAAAGGUAUUGGUGACAACCUAUGCCAUCAGACGCGGUUUUUGGCUGCUAGAUCCCGCAGUGAUCGUGUCGCCUGAAGCAAGGAAACUCGCUUGUCUCUUGGAUACCAUGGAACGGCCUGGACUGGGAAGGGCCUUGAGCCUCGCAGAAAUCCAGCAGCUUGGCCUGCGGGUGGAUUUGAUGGUGACAGGUACAGGAGCCAUCAAUCAUCAAGGUAUUCGAUUCGGAAAAGGGCAUGGGUUUUUUGACCUCGAAUGGGGGAUUUUGACCACCAUCAAGACAGUCAGCUUUUCUGUUCCUUGCAUUGCCCUCGUGCAUGACUGCCAGGUGUUGGAGGAGGAGCUGAGACCCGAGGUCUUUGACACGGUGUGCGAUUAUAUUGUCACCCCAACCACGAUUAUUGACAUUGCUAAAGCGGGGGUCGUGUUGAAGAAACCAAUGUGUGGAAUCUUAUGGGAUAAGUUGCAGCCGGGAAUGCUGGAAGACAUUCCUCCUCUGGAAGAAUUGCGACGGCUUCAAGGGAGAGAUUGA